GCUCUAAACAACCUCAUCAAAACUACUUUCUGGUCAGAGAGAAGCAAUAAUUAUUAUUAACAUUUAUUAACGAUCAAUAAACUUGAUUGCAUUAUGGCCAGCACUAUUAAGGAAGCGUUAUCGGUUGUGAGCGAGGACCAGUCAUUGUUUGAGUGUGCCUACGGGACGCCACACCUGACCAAGACAGACAUGACCGCGUCCUCCUCCGGCGACUAUGGACAGACAUCCAAGAUGAGCCCCCGCGUCCCUCAGCAAGACUGGCUGUCUCAACCCCCAGCCAGGGUCACCAUCAAGAUGGAAUGUAACCCUAACCAGGUGAACGGCUCAAGGAACUCCCCGGAUGAAUGCAGCAUGGCAAAAGGCGGGAAGAUGGUGGGCAGCCCAGACACUGUGGGCAUGAAUUAUGGCAGCUACAUGGAGGAGAAGCACAUGCCGCCCCCAAACAUGACCACGAACGAGCGCAGAGUCAUCGUCCCGGCAGAUCCUACGCUGUGGAGUACAGACCAUGUCCGGCAGUGGCUGGAGUGGGCAGUGAAAGAAUACGGUCUUCCGGACGUCGACGUCUUGCUGUUCCAGAACAUCGACGGGAAGGAACUGUGCAAGAUGACCAAGGACGACUUCCAGAGGCUCACCCCAAGCUACAACGCUGACAUCCUUCUCUCGCACCUGCACUACCUCAGAGAGACGCCUCUUCCACAUUUGACUUCAGAUGAUGUUGAUAAAGCCUUACAAAACUCUCCACGGUUAAUGCAUGCUAGAAACACAGGGGGUGCAGCUUUUAUAUUCCCAAAUACUUCAGUAUAUCCUGAAGCUACGCAAAGAAUUACAACUAGGCCAGAUUUACCUUAUGACCCACCCAGGAGAUCAGCCUGGACUAGUCACGGCCACCCCACCCCCCAGUCGAAAGCUGCUCAACCGUCUCCUUCCACAGUGCCCAAAACCGAAGACCAGCGUCCUCAGCUAGAUCCUUAUCAGAUUCUUGGACCAACAAGUAGCCGCCUUGCAAACCCAGGGAGUGGACAGAUCCAGCUUUGGCAGUUUCUCCUGGAGCUCCUCUCAGAUAGCUCAAACUCCAACUGCAUUACCUGGGAAGGCACCAAUGGGGAAUUCAAGAUGACCGAUCCUGACGAGGUUGCCCGGCGCUGGGGAGAACGGAAAAGCAAACCCAAUAUGAACUACGAUAAACUCAGCCGUGCCCUCCGUUACUACUACGACAAAAAUAUCAUGACCAAAGUCCACGGGAAGCGCUAUGCCUACAAGUUUGACUUCCACGGGAUCGCCCAGGCCCUGCAGCCCCACCCUCCAGAAUCAUCUCUGUACAAGUACCCCUCGGACCUCCCUUACAUGGGCUCCUAUCACGCCCACCCACAGAAGAUGAACUUUGUGGCCCCUCACCCUCCGGCCCUCCCUGUGACAUCGUCCAGUUUUUUCGCCGCCCCAAACCCCUACUGGAAUUCGCCAACUGGAGGUAUAUACCCCAACACUAGGCUUCCCACCAGCCAUAUGCCUUCUCAUCUGGGCACUUACUACUAGAGCCGGGAGGGAGGCCUUUCCCAACAGCAUACGAUCACCAAGAAAUUGCUACAAACUCUAUUGGAGAACGUGAAUCAAAAGUGCCUCAAGAGGAAUGAAAUCGCCUGACUGGCUCUAGGGGAAGGAAUCCAGGGGAGAGAUCCAAAGACUCUUAGUGGGAGGGAAUUACUAAAGUAUUACUACAGGAAUAAAGAGGAUGCUACAAAUGUAAUGGAUACGGACAUACCAUGUAAAAGACAUUGUAAGUAGAAGCAUGAUGUCACAAGGACAAAGUGCCAAAGAAAGUGUUCUUAAGAAGUGUCCAAACUUCUGAGGAGAGUUUGGGGUCCUGCUAAUGCCAAGGGGGGAGGAGAAUAAAGUGAUAGGGUAACGCAGUCUUGACCUAAUGUACCAUCGAAAUGUCAUUUUAAGGAAAACUACCUGUAUUUAAAAAUAGAAACAUAUCAAAAAUAAAAAAAAAAGAGAAAGAGAAGAGAGAGACUGCAGCCCAUGGACCAACGGCCACAUGGAACUCAGCAGCACUUGCUGUUUUUGGGUGAAAUCAGAUUCUUUCCAUUGAGUGGAGAGCCACCGGCUCUCGCUAGCUGUGAAGACGACCCAAGGCUGCCAACUUACUCCUUGACAGUAUUGUGGAACUGUGAACCCGGCGGGGCGGUGGGGCUGAGAACGUGUGCGGACAGUGAGCGUGUGGGUGUAGACAGAGGGCUGGAGGAGGUAGAAGAGGAGGGAGCACAGGAAGAGGAGGCCACGGGGCUGGGAGAGACCCUUGUCAAGCAGUAGAGACUGGACUUAGGACAGUGCGGAGACUUGGAGAAACGAGUGGAGGAGACGUGUGGUUAAUCGGUCAGUGUUCUACCAAACGCAGUGUUAAGAAGAAGAGUACCGCGCAGCGGAGGAAGGGGGGGGAGUAGAAUUCAGAAACAAAAAUAUGCAUCUCUCUUUUUUUUUGUUUGUUUGUUUGUCAAAAGAAAAUUUUAACUGGAAUUGUCUGAUAUUUAAAAGAAACAUUCGGGACCUCAUCGUGAGGUGGGGGCUCUGGUCCCCACAGGGUCAGGUGAGAGGUAGCCUUCUUGGUAGCUGCCAUCGAAACCACCUAGGCAUUUGGGUUAAGCAGAGGCUCCGGUUUCCCUUCGAGUCGCGAACGCUGUGCGUUUGUCAGAAUGAAGUAUACAAGUCAAUGUUUGUUUUUUUUUUCUUUUUAUAUAAUAAUUAUAUAACUUAUGCAUUUAUACACUACGAGUUGAUCUCGGCCAGCCAAAGAUACACGACAAAAGAGACAAUCAAUGAUAGAAUGUGGCCUUGAAUUUUAACUCUGUAUGCUUAAUGUUUACAAUAUGAAGUUAUUAGUUCUUAGGAUGCAGAAUGUAUGUAAUAAAACAAGCUUGGCCUAGCAUGGCAAAUCAGAUUUAUGCAGGAGUCUGCAUUUGCACCUUUUUUUUUUUAGCGACUAAAGUUGCCCAACAGAAAUGUGUGCUGAGCUUUUGGGUUUUGUGCUAGAAUUUUGUUUUGUCCAGGAACUCAUGCAAGUGAGAGCCAAGCCAAUGGGGUAUUUGGUGUCCAAACGGCGCUGGCCUCUACAGGCCCUUCUUGCUCACUCUCUUAUUCCUAGCUUCUUCUGGAGCAGAAGGACCAAAGGUUUCACACUGGAACCUCCGUAUUUGUGCCCAGAACGGAAAGGGGCCUCUAAAGCCAAGGUUGUGACAAAUUCCAUAUAAGCGCCUGGUCACAGAAUCACCCCUAAUUCCU